AUGCUGAACAAAUGGGUGGGACCACACCAGCUCCCCGCGGGUGUACAGGGGGAUGAUUACAUGCAAAAUAGCACUGGAUCCCCUCCUCCAUCACCAUCACUCGCCACCCCAGUGCAUGUCUCUCUUUCCUUCCACAACCACAAGCUCACAAUGAAUCUACUUGCCCUUAUUGAUGUUGCCACUCGUGGCAUUCUAAGGAUCAUCCUAUCAGUCCUCUUCCUUUAUAUCCUAUCUGUCAAGACAGAGUGGAGAGUCUUUCGAAAUCGGCUCCAUCGUAGUUCUCUGUAUUCGCCGUCACACUGCCUUUCUCCUCCUCUGAAGGAGCCUCACUACUUGCCAAAAUCCAUCCACAGAAAAGUGAGAAUGGAUACCAGCACGCGGAACCCAGCCUUUCGCGUUGCCUUUAGCCGUGCCAAAGCAGAGUGUUUAGAUGGAGAUCACGUCUAUAUGGACAGGGCUCCAUUCUGGCUGGUGAACAUUCUUGUCAUACCAGCAGUGAUGGUUCAGGCUUGCUCCUGCAUGAUUUGGUGGUCCAUUCGCCACUUCUUGCAUCGAAACUGUUGGAUAUCCAUUGUUCCACAUGAUCCUUCUAUUACUGCAGCCAGGAUUGUGAUGGACUCCUCAAUGGUUCUCAAUUUUUCUCACAUGGAAACACAUCCAGACAGCCCCAAUCUCAAGCUGGCAACGUUUGUCUUCCCUGAUAUGAUGCUCAUCAAUCACCAUUCCAAAUGGACUAUGACAUUGAGGCUUCAACUUGUGUUGGACAAGAUUGGCGGGAAUCCCCCUCAAAUCUACCAGGCAUGGCUUGAUGACAGCCCCGUCACUCACAGUCAAGUGUGUACUCUUUUGUCAUUUGCUAUUGUCACCUGCCACAUUCGUCUUCAUGCCUAUGCCAACUGGGCUGUGAAUAUGGAAUCAUCUUCUGGUAUGGGAUUCUGGGAUACCUUGGACAGUGCCAUUACAAUAAUGUACAAUCAUCUUGGCUAUGGCCAGACUCACCGGUACUUUUGGCUGUACAAAUGGCUGGGUGUUAUGGCACGGGAACAAGACCCACUUCUAUUCCAACAGGCUUUGGAUCACAAUUGUGCCAUGGGAGUACCUCACCAUCACAAUGUGAAAGAACUUGCACCAUAUGGCCGCGUCAUCAAGUUUAUAGUGAAGCUGCGCCCCAUCUUCUUGAAGAACUUUGUUUACUACCAGCGCAAUUCCAAUAUGUUUCCCGGCAUUGAUGGAGAAGCCCUCUUUGUACGCACCUUCAUACAUUCAUUGGACCACACUUUCUUUGAGCAGAUUAUUGGUGACGUGUUGUGGUUGGACAGCAAUGACACUGAGUUUGGAGCCAUGGCGGAUAUGGCCAAGUUUGCCCGUUGCUGCUACAUGGAGGACCUGCAUUUGCUUCCUUUCUCUCCCAAGAUGAAGGAUCGAAAGAGCAAUCCUUUCUAUCACAGCGUCUACAAUGCCGCCCACAAGGUUGAUCCAGAGCUGGCUGAUUACAUUGACACCACCAUUGUAAAAUAA